AUGUCCUCGUACACGCCGGAAGACGCGCCGGCGACGAUAGCGGCGCAGAUGGACAUGUCGUCCGAGCUCGCGAACCAGGCGGCGGCCGAGGCCGCCGUCGCGGCCGCGAUCAAACACGCGCAAAACGUCGACUCGCACCACACCUCUCACUCCCACGCACACCAUCCACCACACGCCCACGCCCACGCGCACAGCCAGCCACGGUCCGAGUCUUCCUCGUCUGCACCUCAUGCUGUUGGGGGUGUAUCGGCCUCAGCGUCUCCGGGUCCUCAGCCCGGCCAGGGCCCGCCCCCGCCAGCACCGUACCGCCGCCCGCCUUCCUUCCCCUUCGGCCCGCCGCACCGGCAAGCGCCUGACAGUCCGCUGUCGAAUGCCCAGCAACUCGUGAUCCUGCGCGAGUUUUACGCACGCAAUCCGAACCCCGGCCGCAGGGAGUUGGAACAACUCGCAGAGCGCACGGGACGGCCAUGGAAUAAGAUCAGGGAGUACUUCCGCCAGCGCCGGAACAAGCUCCGCGGCCUCGCGGAUUUGGAGAGCAUGGAUGAGCCCGGACGUGCAACGGGGUGGCUGCAGGUCAGCUACCGGCCACAGCCUGGGGCUUCCGUGUCCCAGCUCGCGCUGUACAAUGCGUAUCGGUCCAGGUUUGACCCGUACGCGACCACAGCGCCGCUGCUGGGCGGACAGGAACUGAUCCAGCUCGCGUGCGCUACCUUCCCCGGAUGCGAGAUGGCGAGGGACGAGGGCGACUACGUCCUGCGAGGGCUGAGGGAUAAAGAGGGAGGAAGCGAGGAAUGGGACCGGAGCGUGGAUGCGCUCGUCGAGCCGCUGCGGAGUACGACAUGGCUGUUGUCCAACUUCCAGCACCAGACCGAACCCGGUGCACCCUCGAUUACGCAGACAGAGCUGUACUCGAGCUACGCUGCGCGAUUCCUCGAGCCGCCGACAGGACAGGCAGAGGACGACGAGCUGAAGGACUUCGAGGCCAACAUGGCGGCGCAGGACAACGAGGGCGACAACGCGGCCUCGGGGUCCGCAUCCGCCGAGGCCGAGAACACCGCGAACAACUCUGGCGCCAACGAGUCAAGCGAAGGAGUGGAUGGCGUCGGCGUCGGCGUCGACUCGGGUGUGAGCGGCGUCUCGCAAGAGAUCGACGACAUCAACAGUUUCCUCCCUCCCGCUCCCGACUCCCCGCCCCCGCCGCAGCAGGAAGAACGCAAACCCCCACGUCUCCUGAAUCCCGUCGAGCUCAUCGCGCUCACGCGCAUGACGUUCCCCAAGGCCGAGCCCGCUGUCGACGACGAAGGGCGGUUCAUCAUCCGCGGCAUCGAGCGGCGCGACGGCGUCGAGAAGGGCCGGCCCCGUACCGCGGACAUGUUCCCGUUCGCGCUCGCUAGUCAGCCCAACCCCUCUGAUCCCGCGCAUCCGUUCACGGCGCUGCUGAAGCGGAAACUUGCGCUGCUGGAUCCGGACCCAGAACAACCGCGCAAGCGCGCGGCUGGCAUUGGGGUCAAUAUUGCCCUGCAGCCCGAGCCCGAACACGAAUUGAGCCAGGACGAGCGUGAGCUGCUCGAUGGCCUCAGGCGCUUCAGAAGCAGCAGUCUCGGCAAGGAGGUUCGAGACGUGUGUGUUCAGCAGUAG